AUUUGAUCAAGUAAAUCAUCAACCUCGUCGUCCUUGAUCCUUGUGCCCAAUACAGAGUAUAACCAGUUGGUUACGUCUUCAUUGCACUGCUCACCUACACCGUUCACAGUGCGUCCGUCUCUGUGCAUUGCUUCAUCAUCACUAUUACGGAGUAGCCAAAAGUCAAAGCUCCCGAGCUCACAAAACACCCCGCGCAGCACCUCAAAAAGAGUCUUGUCUUAUCGUUGUCGUGGACCUCAACUUCACCCCAAGUAGACCUUUCAAAUAUCUAUCCCAUUCAUUCCGAUCGAAUUCCUAGAACUCUUCCUCUUCGACUUACAUCUGUAUACUUCAGCCUGAUUGCCUUUGGAAUCGCUGCUCCCGCGAGCGCAGUCACUUACUUGCCUUGACACGAGCCCCGACCAUGUGGCAGCCCAUCUGCCAGCCAUCUGGAAAGACAACCUCGGCCUCUCUCACGCUCAUGCUCGAAGUCGGCUGAAGGGUACAAACAGAGCCUGCGUCUUUUUUUCCCCCCCCUGUCGAAUCGGCUACAUAUACAAUGAGCCCGUCCGAAGGCCAAGGAAGCCAGAAAGAGCAGGAAGAAGAAUCAUGCACCCAGCACAGGGGUACUGAACCGCCUGCACCCCCGCAGCCGGAGAACGACAAGGGCAUUUUCCCUUCGAUCAAGAGUCCUUCGCUCGAGGGUCUCGAUGGCCUCACGGCCGAGAAUGUCGACAUCUUCAAGCUCGAAGCCGUGCAGGCGCUGAAGAUGUUGUGUCGGAGCGUGGAUUCUCUGGUCCAGUCGACCGGGGACGUCCCGCCCACACCUCCGGCGCGCAGUCGAGGUUCCUCUCCCGCACGGCCAGUGUCGUCGUCGAAGCUACAACACGAGUCGAGUGCCCCGGUGACGGUGACCCCGAGAAAGGAGAGCUUUGGCGGCCUGCGGCCACCGGACCAACAACAACAAACACACGAGCACAUCGAUGGAGUCCUCUUCGUGAAAACGCCCAUCGGCUCUCCGGAAGCACACGCACACGAACCGACGUCGGUCACCGAGAUCAUUGGCGCCCAUGCGCAACCGACCUACGUCCAACACGGGGCGUUGGCGAGGAAGUUCUACUCCAAACGACCUCCGCCCAUCUCCACCGAAGAUUAUCUCAUGCGCAUGCACAAGUACUGCCCCAUGUCGACAGCGGUGUAUUUGGCGUCGUCUCUGUACAUUACGCGCUUGGCUGUCUACGACAAGAUUCUACCGGUCACGCCGCGAAACGUCCACCGGUUGCUCCUGGCUUGUCUUAGGGUGGCAAUGAAGGCCUUGGAGGACCUCUGUUGGCCUCAUGCCCGGUUCAGCAAAGUGGGCGGUGUCUCAGAGGGCGAACUCGGUCGGUUGGAGAUUACGUUCUGCUAUCUGAUGGAUUUCAGCCUGAAGGUUGACGCCGCCAUGUUACAACACGAGGCCAAGGCGCUCUGUCAUCAGCACCGAUUUGGACCUGCUGUCUUUACUCCUGCGCUGCCGACCAUGGACUUGAAGCUACCUGAAGACGGCAAUAAAAGACCUAGAUCCGCCGAGAAACGAAAAGCCAGCAGUACUUUGCCUAGUAGGCCUAUGGUUCAGGUUGGGGCAGGUAUAGAAGUCAUGGGCCAGUCGUGAUGGAUACUGAUUGCUUUCUUCGAGUGGGUGUGUGGUCGGGGACAAUAAUACGACCCAAGACGGCAUCAUCCUUUUUCAAUGCAAAGGUCCGGCACUGGCAUGACUUGCAGGGAUGUUUUUGGCAGCUCAAAAAGGCAGAUUUUGUAAAAUUGAUUGAAAAGAGGCCACAUAGCAAUCGAUAAGCACUGUACGGAGUACUGAAAUGGAAUUCACGGUUCCGAAGGGGUGUUCCUGACAGUGAUGGGCGUCUAAGGUCAAUACUGUGCUACUUCUUGUC